AUGAGCAAAGACAGAACUUCCUUAUUCUGUAGGUUGAAUGAUUACAAGCCCUUAAAGAACACAUCAGGAAGCAUCAAGGAUGAAAAAGAUUCUCAGAACUUGAUGUUAGAAAAAACCAAAGAAGAGGAGUCUUUAAGAAAUUCCAGCUUGGUUUUAGGAGCAAGAAAAAUGCCAGGGCCAAUGGAGCGAUGUGAUAAACUGGAUAUGUCAGCUGUGAUCACAUUGGAGUCAGCUUUGGACAGAGAGCAAAUUUCCAGAAAGAUCCUUCCAGAGGCUGUGCCAGUCACUCUAAACCGUAAAACGAAAGCCAGAGAGAAGUACCAAUCUGACCUGUGGUUAGAAAUUGAACACCCGAAUAAAGGUUUUGGGCUACAAGACCCAAGUUCAUCUUCCUUGGCACUUUUUAAUACAACUUCUAAUGCCAUGGCUCAGUGUGAAGGUGAUCCAGUUGACAAUAUAUUUGAACAGAAUCUAAAGAUCAAGUUUUACAUCAGUUCUGGGUCCACAUCUCCAUCUUCGUAUAGUGGAGACGAAGCAGACACAGUGAAGAUCACAGAUUCUUCUCACCUUCCAGUUCACACACCAACAAUAAAGAGAAAGGAAUUUCAUAGUAGAAUCCUCUUUCCAACUAAGCAUAAGGCCCACCGGUUUUUCCUCACAUCCUUCACCGCUCCCACCAAGUGUCACCAGUGCACGUCUCUGAUGGUGGGUUUGAUAAGACAAGGCUGCACCUGUGACGCAUGUGGGUUCUCAUGUCACACAGCCUGUGUAGAAAAAGCUCCAAGAGCUUGCCCAGUGCCUUUUCAUCAGAAAGAAUGUGCCUUCUGUCUAGACCCACAGAAAGGCUUGGGAACAGCCUAUGAAGGCCAUGUCUGGAUUCCAAAGAAAGCAGGCAUGAAAAAAGGAUGGCAGAGGGCAUUGGCCAUAGUUUGUGACUUCAAACUCUUCCUAUAUGAUAUGAAUGAAGAAGACUCAAAACCCAAUGUUGUAGUGAGUCAAGUAAUUGACAUGAGGGAUGGAGCUUUUUCUGUCAGUUCAGUCUGGCCCUCUGAUUUUGUUCCUGCAAGGAGAAAGGAAAUGCCUCGUAUGUUUAAGGUCACAGCUUUCCAGCUCUCAGCACCUAGUAAUAGAUAUUCAAUCCCAAUCUUAGCAGAUAGCGAGAAUAAGAAGAGUGAGUGGGUGGGUGUGCUGAGUGAAUUGCACAAGAUAUUGAGAAAAAGUCAUUCCAGAGACCGGUCAAUCUAUGUUCUGAAAGAGGCUUAUGACAGCAAUCUACCCCUGAUCAAAACCACCCAGACAGCUGCAAUCAUAGAUCACAAAAGAAUUGCUCUGGGAAAUGAAGAAGGGUUAUUUGUUGUCCACGUUAUCAUAGAUGAAAUUAUUCGUGUCGGUGACAUAAAGAAGAUUCACCAAAUUGAGCUUAUCCCCCAUGGCCAGAUGGUCGCAGUGAUCUCAGGGCGAAGUCACCACGUGCAGCUAUUUCCCAUGUCAGUUCUGGAUGGAGGAAAGACUGGUAGUCACAAGCUGGCGGAAACCAAAGGCUGCCACACCAUGACUUCUGGAACAGUGUGCCAAGGGGCCCACACAUGCCUCUGUGUGGCUAGGAAAAGCCAAGUCUUCUGUUACGAGCUGUUUCAGAGCAAUAAAAUUUCUCACAGAAAAUAUAAAGAACUCCAGAUCCCAACCACUGUCCAGUGGAUGGGCAUCUUCAAUGAACAGCUCUGUGUAGGAUUUCAGUCAGGAUUCCUCAGAUUCCCCUUGAGGAGAGAAGGCGUUCCAUACAGGAUGCUGCACUUCCAUGACCCUACACUGUCAUUUAUCGCUCAUCAACCAGUGGAUGCUCUCUGUGCAGUUGAGAUCUCUAGUAUUGAGUAUCUGUUAUGUUUCAAGAGCAUCGGAAUUUACACUGACAGCAGGGGCCUCAGAUCUAGGCCAGUUGAACUGAUGUGGCCAGCACCUCCAACUUAUUGCUGUUACAAUGCCCCAUAUCUCUCAGUGUACAGUGAAAACGCAGUGGACAUCUUUGAUGUGAACACCAUGGACUGGAUGCAGACCAUCCCCCUCAAGAAGGUUCGACCCUUGAAUAGUGAAGGAUCCCUAAAUAUUUUUCUUUUGGAGACAGUUAGAUUAAUAUAUUUCAAAAAUAAGACAAAUGGAGAGGAGCUGGUAUCUUCUGAAACACCAGAUAAUCAAGAGAAGCAAAUGGUUCAGCACCUUAGCAGCAAGCGGCGUUAUUCCUUCAGGGUUCCCAGAGCAAAAGCAAUGCUACCAAAGGGGCUGUGA